AGGAUUCGCGAUGGAGAAGUGAGUUCCGAUGAUGACUUGUAUGAGGAGGACGGUGAAGUCGUAGAUGAGGAGCGAUCUGCUGAAUACGAGCAGCAGUUGAUUGCCCAUAUGCAAAAACUACAUAUCGAAGUGGAACCAGACCGACUGGCUAAUGUUGUAAGCGAAAUGGUUGCUCGAGUUCAUAUUCGCUCUACCCAGUCGAGCCGAGAAAGAAUGCCCAGCCCUCCUAGAACCGCAACUGUGGAUUUAAGCGGUGAUGUACCAGCUGUUGAUCUACCGUGGUAUGCGGGCGGAGAUGGGGGUAAAGACGAAGUUCUGGAAGAGAAUCUAUCUGAGGAGAACGAGAAGCCUGGCCAAUGUCUUUACGUAUACAAAUGGUCCGAGACACUGUUUCCAGAUGAGACUGCAACGACUGUUGGAGAGAAACGCCCGCUGGACGUGGCAGAAGUGAUU